UUGUGAGUGACAUUUCCUGACCAGAUCACUUUUUGUCUAGUGGCUUCUUUAACCUCGCUCUGUCUCUACCACUCGCUCGCUCACUCUCUUUUACACAAAACAUGGGAAAUUUUGCUGCGAAUGAAGGACUAUCUAUUUUUGUUAUUCUGGUAUGGCUCGGCAUCAAUGUGUUUCUCUUUGUGUAUUUUUACAUGGCAUUUUUGAUUGAAAGAUUCUACUACACUAGGGUUAUCCUUGGGCAUGCUCUGUCGUGGGCCAGAGCUCCAGCUGCAUGUCUGAACUUUAACUGCAUGCUGAUCCUGCUACCUGUCUGCAGAAACCUGUUGUCAUUCCUACGAGGAUCCAUACAGUGUUGUAGCCGCACUGCGGCCCGUCAGCUAGACAGAAACCUCACUUUUCAUAAACUCGUGGCCUACAUGAUUGCUUUCCACACAGCGGUCCACAUCAUAGCUCACUUGUUUAACUUCGAGCGAUUCAUGGAUUCCCAGCUUAUGGUCAAUAGCAGCUUUCUGCCUUACGUUUUAUCUCAGAUUGGCAAUAACGACAACAAAUCUUUCCUGAACCCCAUCAGAUCCAAUGAGACGAACCCAACAAUAGUGAUGUUCACAACAACAGCAGGACUGACAGGGGUGGUCAUCACGUUGGCACUCAUUCUCAUCAUCACUUCCUCCAUGGAGGUCAUCAGAAGGUCGUACUUCGAGGUGUUCUGGUUCACCCACCACCUGUUUAUUGUCUUUUUCAUUGGUCUGGUGCUGCAUGGAGUUGGGCGUAUUGUGCGAGGUCAGACUCCUGAGAGUUUAGAGGCGCACGAUCCAAAACAAUGUGCGAGUUACUUUGAGACCUGGGGUAAAAAUGGCACCCACUGCCCUGAACCAGACUUUGCUGGAAACCCUCCAAUGACAUGGAAGUGGGUGGUCGGCCCCAUGUUUCUGUACGUCUGUGAGAGACUGGUGCGGUUUUACCGCUCGCAGCAGAAAGUGGUUAUUACUAAGGUAGUGAUGCACCCAUCCAAAACCCUUGAGCUGCAGAUGAAAAAGAAGGGCUUUAAAAUGGAGGUCGGUCAGUAUGUCUUCAUCCAGUGCCCAUCUAUCUCCCAACUGGAGUGGCAUCCCUUCACCCUGACCUCUGCCCCUGAGGAGGACCACUUCAGCGUGCACAUCCGAAUCGUAGGGGACUGGACGCAAGCCCUUUACACAGCCUGUGGAGGUGACAAAACUACAGUGCUGGAUGCCUGGACAUUACCAAAGGUGGGUGUGGAUGGACCGUUCGGGACGGCCAGUGAAGAUGUGUUUCGAUAUGAGGUUGUGAUGUUGGUCGGCGCUGGGAUUGGAGUGACGCCUUUCGCUUCCGUUUUGAAGUCUGUGUGGUACAAGCACGUCCAAAAGAACCAAAAUGUCUUCACCAAGAAGAUCUAUUUCUACUGGGUGUGUAGAGAGACCCAAGCGUUUGAGUGGUUUACGGACCUGCUGCAAAGUCUAGAAAAACAGAUGACAGAAAAAGACAUGAGCGAUUUCCUAAGUUACAACAUUUAUCUAACGCGCUGGAGAGACACUGAGGCUGCCCAUUUUAGAGUUCAGUAUCAGGCGGAAGAUGACCCCAUUACUGGUCUUAAGCAGAAGACUCGAUAUGGUAAACCCAACUGGGACAAUGAAUUCAGCACCAUCGCUACUCAACAUCCAGGUUCAAAAGUAGGAGUGUUUUUAUGUGGUCCUGCUGCUUUGGCCGAAGCUUUGGGGAAGCAAUGCCUUACACACACUGAGUCUGGAACGGAGUUUAUAUUCAACAAAGAAAACUUCUGAUUUGCUUCUUAAGCUGUUUUUAUGAAUACAGUCAAAAACCCAUGGAUACCUAUAAACACAUUUUACAGUCAGUGUAACAUUGUAAUAUUUUCCUCUGGUUAUUGGAAGUCGAGUUUUCAAUAUGUUGGUCUAAAAACAGCAUGAUUGUGGGCAUGAUGCGGAAAUAGGUAACUGAUGUAUAUUUACUACACAAAAGAGCCUGUGCAAUUUUGCGUAGUUUUACAAGAUGUGAAAGUUCCCUGCUUUCCAAAUCUUCUUCCUCUUUCUCAAUUUGAAGUUUAAUAAAUCUAAAAUACUACAGAAACAUUUGAAGAUAUUUUUUUUAAUGUUAAAGAAUGUCAAUGAAACAAUGCAAAACAAUACAAGACAAUAGGUUUAUUAAAAGGAGAAACAAAUGAUAAAGUUCCUGCUAAAAGUUU